AUGUCUGACCUCUUCGUUGAGCUUACAGCGCCAAAUGGCCGCAAGUAUAAGCAGCCAAGAGGUCUCUUCAUCAACAAUGAGUUUGUCAAGUCCAAAUCUGGUGAGACCAUCACAACCAUAAACCCCAGCGACGAGAGCGAGAUUACAUCCGUCUAUGCGGCUGGCCCAGAGGACGUCGAUAUUGCAGUAGCAGCAGCACGCAAGGCCCUGAACAACCCGGAUUGGCGGGACAUGGACUCGAAUGUCCGAGCCGAUCUAUUGUACAAGUUUGCCCAAUUGAUUGAUGAGCACAGAGAGACGCUGGCGACCAUUGAGACGUGGGACAAUGGCAAGCCCUACUUGGUCUCGCUCAAUGAGGACUUGAGCGAAGUCGUCGGCACCAUCAAGUACUAUGCUGGAUAUGCCAACAAGAUUCAUGGCACCGUCAUUAACACCUCACCCCUCAAGCUAGCCUACACUGUCCGGGAGCCAGUCGGUGUCUGUGCACAGAUCAUCCCUUGGAACUUUCCCCUGGCUAUGGCGGCCUGGAAACUGGGUCCUGCCCUCUGUACCGGCAACACAGUAGUCAUGAAAGCUGCUGAGCAGACGCCACUGUCCCUUCUGUAUCUUGGAUACCUGGUCAAAGAAGCCGGCUUCCCUCCAGGUGUCGUCAACUUCCUCAAUGGCUGGGGCAGGACGGCUGGAGCUGCGCUGGCGCAGCAUCUUGACGUGGACAAGAUUGCCUUUACCGGAUCGACAGCAACAGGAAAGGAGAUUAUGAAGAUGGCUGCUAUCAACAUGAAGAACAUUACACUCGAAACCGGAGGAAAGUCGCCAUUGAUUGUUUUCGAUGAUGCAGACUUUGAUCAAGCCGUCAAGUGGGCGCACACGGGUAUCAUGUACAACCAAGGCCAGGUGUGCACGUCAACAUCAAGGAUACUGGUGCAGGAGGGCAUUUACGAAAAGUUUGUCGAGGCGUUCAAGAACUACGUCAAGACGGCUUCAGUCGUUGGAGAUCCAUUCAAGGACGACACGUUCCAAGGACCGCAAGUGACCAAGGCGCAGUUUGAGCGCGUGCUCUCGUACGUGGAAUCGGGCAAAUCAGAGGGAGCCACGCUGGUUGCAGGCGGCGAGGCGUACAAGAACGUAGGUGGUAAGGGCUUUUUCGUGGCACCUACCAUUUUCAAGGAUGUGACAGACUCGAUGAAAAUCUACCGCGAGGAAGUGUUUGGCCCGUUCGUGGCCAUCAGUUCGUUCAAGGAAGAAGAGGAGGCAAUCCGACGUGCAAACGACACUACGUAUGGCUUGGGUGCAGCGGUGUUUACCGAAAACAUUACCAAGGCGCACCGUGUAGCUCGACGGGUUGAAGCAGGCAUGGUUUGGAUCAAUUCCAGCAACGACUCUGAUUUGCGUGUUCCGUUUGGUGGCGUAAAGCAGAGCGGGAUUGGCAGGGAGUGCGGUGAAGCUGGGCUGGAGGCGUACACCAACAAGAAGGCUAUCCACGUUAACCUAGGUACCAAACUUUAA